AUGGAUAGGUCAACUAUUCGUGUUGUUUACGAAUGUGAGUUCCGUCGUGGAACCAAUUCAUCCCAGAUGUUUCUAAACAUCAAUGAGGUGUUUAAUGACGAUGUCGCGAGUGAGCACACUGUAUGUCGAUGGUUUGAGAAAUUCCGGUCUGGUGACUCUAUUCUUGAGAAUCAGCCCAAUGGUAGACCUGAGACCAAGAUAGAAAAUGAUGGCCUUGAAACUGUAAUGGAAGCGGAUAUAUCUCAAACUCUGCGUAAGAAACUCACUCCAUUUUGUAUUGUUUACUUAACUCCUGUUACUGUUACUGUGUGGUUCAUAAGGAGCGGUGAGCUCCACGUACCCUUGGAUGUAUGUGGAGCUGUGGUUAAACGGGAGUUAGACUUCUGGGAAAUCGAUGAGUUCGAAAUUAAGGCCUGUUGUUGGCGACACUAUAGAAGCUAUAUCGAUAAUCAACGUAUAUUGAACGACUUCAACCAGAGUUUACAAAGUGAACGGUUCAAUGUAAACUACGAUAAUUUGAAAGGAUGGAAAAAAUUACAGAUGCAAGUAUGGUUGAUCCUAGAUCACCCACGUACGUCCAGACCUGCGAUGAUAUAUGGAAUUACAUCGUUUCUUUUCGUGGUCCUGUCCAUUUUGGGUUUCUGCCUGGAAACGCUGCCUCAAGUCCGAGGCCCCACCAACAUCACACGCCAAUGCAACGGAGAGACUAGCGAAAGUCUGCAAGUGAUGCAGUCCCAUGAUGCGCUAAACGUCAUUGAUGUCAUCUGUACCAUCUUCUUCACACUGGAGUUAAUAGCCCGAUUUAUAUUUGCUCCGCAGAAAUUGAAGUUCGUUCGUUCUUUAAUGAAUAUUAUAGACUUACUGGCUCUCGUGCCACUUUACGUACAAGUCAUUCUACAUUCAACUGAUCCAGAAUUCUGUUAUCUAAAUGAACGACUUGUGAUGGAGAUUAUGUUUAUUUUGCGUAUUAUUCGCAUGUUUCGAAUUUUCCAUCUUGUCAAACAUUACCAAGCGCUAAAAAUAUUAGUUUAUGCCAUGAAAGCAAGCAUUCAGGAACUGCUUAUGCUGGCUAUAUUUAUGAUUAUUGCUAUGCUUGUAUUUGCUACAAUGAUCUAUUAUGCAGAACGCAAAGAUGCAACGAACGCUAGCGAUGCGUUCAACACAAUCCCUAUGGGGUUUUGGUGGGCAAUCAUCACCAUGACAACGGUUGGUUACGGAGAUGUUUAUCCGUCUUCCACGAUUGGCUAUAUUGUCGGUGCUGGAUGUGCACUCAGUGGAGUGCUACUAGUUGCCCUUACCAUCCCUGUCAUCUCGAACAAUUUCACCCUCUUUUACACACACGUUAGAUCGCGCUCCAGCGAACGCCGGGUAAGUCGCACAUUCCAAGGUGGAUCCGAGAUUCUCGAACACCACGAUCCCACCAAUAAUUUUGAUCGUCGCUCGUCCAAUUCGUCUGUGGUUCUGGAAACCUUCAUGAAUGGCACUGUGGCUGUUCACAAAAUGAACAAUCCGCUAUACGCGACUCUACCGUAUGCCGACCGUACAUCAAUUUCAGACAAUGGUAUGGAAGACGACAUGGACUCAGACAGAACCAUAAGCAGAAAUGGUUCUUUUCGAACACUAGACCUAACUGAGCCCAAACCUGAAACACGUUUAUGAUAUAUGAAUUCAACUACACAAACACUAAAACAAAAACAAUACACAAACAACAAAUACAAAAUCAAAAGGAUAGGUGAAAUAUAUAACAAUAAAAAAUACACAAAAUUACAAAACUAAAUCACAAAAUGAUACGAAAAAACGGGACGAGUCAAAUAAAACAUUCAACAGCAAACAUUAUCAAAAGAAAAUAUGUACAUAUGUGCGUGAUCAUGUGUGUGUGUGCGUGCGUGUGUGCGUACGUGUGUGCUUGCGUGUGUGAAUUCUAUAAGUGAAAGAAGAUUCUAGAAUUGAUGUCUAUCAAUGGUAUAAAGAUGGUAUAUAUAAA